CAGGUUAAUGGAACAGACGGAUAGAUAGAUUUACGCACGCGAAACCUGUGAAUUCGAAUUCAAAUUCAACCGAACCUUAGUUGCCCUUAUCAACAUAAUAUGUUUUUCCCUUGCUUUUCCCGACAUGGAGUGGACCAGAGGAAAUGUAACGUAGCCUAAGCGUAAACGAGUUAUGAUUUACGUGUCUGAGUUGUGGCACUUCUCAGAGCAGCCCCCAGCGUUUCGUGUGCUGAAGCCAUGGUGGGAUGUCUUCACCGACAUCCUGUCCUUCAUCAUGAUUUUGAUAGCAGUGUCUGGUUGCACCGUUCAGGUGAUGGAUGACAGAAUGUACUGUCUUCCUCAGAGAAGUCCGACAUGUCCGCUGACCAUGAAUCACGACACAGCUGAAUGCUGCAACUCCUCCUCAAUCUCGCCCACGGCAUCAGAUCUGGAGAGCAAGGGUGUGGACAACAACCUGGACCUGAUGCAGUAUAAGUUCAUUCACAAGAUCUGCUACCAGACGAGCCUCCACUGGUUCCCCAAGGUCUUUCCCUACAUGGUGCUUAUGCAGACCAUCAUCUUCAUCGUGUGCAGCAACUUCUGGUUCAAGUUCCCCGAGUCCAGCUCCAAAAUCGAACACUUUGUCUCCAUCUUGGGGAAGUGCUUUGAGUCGCCCUGGACUACCCGGGCCUUGUCUGAGGUGUCAGGAGAGCAUCUGGAGGACAAGGAGGCUUCCCCCGGGGACAUCAACCUGGUCAAUAGCCAGUCUGUGUCUUCCACACAAAGCAAGAUUGUGAUGGACAAACCGGCGGCAGGCAGCGUCUUGGACAAGAAGGAGUGUGAGCAAGCAAAGGCCCUUUUCGAGCGGAUCAAGAAGUUCCGGCUGCACGUGGAGGAAAGCAACCUGCUCUCCAAGACAUACAUUCGCCAGACCAUCAUGAAGGUGUUCAUGUUCAUCUUCAUCAUUGUUUCAAACGGUGCCCUCGUCCCCAAGAUAAGCAUCAUCAUCACCUGUAACGUGGAUAUUCAGGACAUGACUGGGUACAAGUUCUUUUGCUGCAUUCACAACAUGGCUGGCGUGUUCAUCAAAUUGUCUUACUUCUAUCUCUUCAUUGUGGUCAUAUGUGGCGCCAUAUGCCUUUACACUACCUACUGGCUCUUCCACCGCUCUCUGAAAGAGUACUCUUUUGAUUAUGUGCGCAAGGAGACUGGGGUCAACGACAUCCCGGACGUGAGGAACGACUUUGCCUUUCUGCUGCACAUGAUGGACCAGUACGACCAGCUCUACUCCAAGCGCUUCGCCAUCUUCCUGUCCGAGGUGACGGAGAACAAGCUGCGGCAGCUCAACCUGAACCACGUGUGGUCGGUUGAAAAGCUUCGCCGGCGGCUGCAGACCAACGCCAGUGGCCGCCUGGAGCUCCAGCUGAUCAUGCUCCCGGGCCUGCCGGAUGCCCUCUUUGAGCUGGCCGAGCUGCAAGCCAUCAAGAUGGAGCUCAUCAACAACGUCACCAUCCCGGCCGCCAUCGAGCAGUUGGAGGAACUUAAGGAGCUGUCCCUGUACCAGUGCUCGCUGAGGGUGGACACGGCUGCCCUGCCUUUCCUGAAAGCCAACCUGAAGGUGUUACGGGUGUGGUUUGUAGGCGCCCACGAGCUUCCCUAUUGGUUGUACGUGCUGAGGAACCUGGAAGAGCUCCACCUGAUUGGCUCACUGCGUCCCAGCGCCUCUAGAAUCAUUACGCUGGAGUCACUGCAGGAGCUGAGGUGCCUGAAGACUCUGUUGCUCAAGAGCAAUGUCACCAAGAUCCCUCAGGCCAUAGUGGACGUGUCCAGCCACCUCCAGAGGCUGUACGUCCACAACGACGGCACCAAGCUGGUCACGCUGAACAGUCUGAAGAAGAUGGUGAGUCUGAGUGAGCUGGAGCUCGUGCACUGUGACCUCGAGUGCAUCCCGUACGCCAUCUUCAGCCUGGUCAACCUGCAGUCGCUGGACCUGAGGGAGAACAAGCUGGCUUCCAUCGAGGGGAUCGUCAGCUUCCAACACCUGCCCAAGUUCACCUGCCUGAAGCUGUGGCACAACAGCAUCGCACAGAUCCCCGAGCACAUCAAGAAACUGGUCAACUUGGAGAGGCUCUUCUUCAGCUUUAACAAGAUCGAGGUCCUGCCUGUUAACUUGUUCUGCUGCAGCAAGCUGUUGUACUUGGACCUGUCCCACAACGACAUCAGCUUCAUCCCUCCUGAGAUUAGGUUUCUGCAGAACCUUCAGUACCUCUCAGUCACAUCUAACAAGAUAACCACCGUCCCCGAUGAGCUUUUCUUAUGCAGGAAGCUGAACACGCUCAAGCUGGGCAACAACGCCCUGUCUGUGCUCUCAUCAAAGAUUUCCGACCUGGAUAUGUUGACUUGUCUAGAGCUGAAAGGAAACCACUUGGUAGCCCUGCCUAGUGAGUUGGGCAGCUGUCCGCUUCUAAAGCGCUGUGGUCUGCUAGUGGAGUAUGCACUUUUUGAGACACUGCCCUUAGAUGUGAGGGAAAAAAUGACUUCAGAGUGAAUGGGCAUUUUUGACACUUCAGUGCAUUCCAAUCCUGUGCUGUCCAGGGCAUGUUUAGACGUCAUAGAGUUCAUAUGUUAUGGUGGCUAUAGCAGCACUAAUGGAGAAGUAAACCUAUAUGCUUAUGCUUGCCCUGGCAGGAGAUACCCUCAGAAUAUAUGUUAUGGUGCAAACUAUGUGAAUGGCAGCUUCAGUAAGCAUGUGUUUUAUGUGAUUUAUUAUUACUGGAAAUGACCAAGUUGGUGACGGCUACAUAUGUUAUACUGAUUAUUUUAGCUUACAAUUUGGCAAUACAAUUUAUGUAUUUUGUCCUUGUAAUCACAAGCAUACCUGGGUCAUUCCGUGCCAAAUCAACAGAUUUUAGAAAAAUCAUGCAAAGCAGAGACCGGGUUGUUAUAUUUUCGUCCCCAUAUUUAUGAAGUAAGAUGUUGGAUAUUACAGAUUAUUCUGAACCACAGGUGGGUCAUUCCGUGCCUCCCGCCUGACCAUCUUGGAUUUGCUUUAUACUUAUAGGUCAAUAAUGUUAUUAUACCCAGCAACAACUGUGCAAAAGUUUAAGCAUGUACCUAUUUCAUUGUCUGAGACAUGGAAGCUUAAAAAACAGGCUCACAAAAUUUUGUUUUUUAAAAGACUAAGUUCCUUCGGUCAUUACUUUUGAACGAUUCAAGCUAGAUUCUUGACAUUUUCAGGGAGUAUUCUACACUGUUAAUUGUCUUCAACUUCUAAAAUAAUUGCCCUACAGUUGAAUAUUUGUCAA